AUGUCCAGUGGGAACCACCUGUUCUUCAGCGAGGACGGCCUUCGCAUGCUGGUCACCAACGACAUGGACCUUUCCAACGCCAGGUACCAUUUGGUGUGUGCCUGUGACUGUGUGUGUGUUGGGCGGGGUUGAGCUAACAUAAUGGUUGAAGUUUUUUAACUGAUAGCUGUGUUACUGAGGCCAUCUAGUGGUGAGUUGAGGUGACAUCAAAUCAAAUCAAAUCAAAUCAAAUUUUAUUGGUCACAUGCGCCGAAUACAACAGGUGCAGACAUUACAGUGAAAUGCUUACUUACAGCCCUUAACCAACAGUGCAUUUAUUUUAAACAAAAAAAGUAAGAAUAAAACAACAACAAAAAAAGUGUUGCGAAAAAAAGAGCAGAAGUAAAAUAAAGUGACAGUAGGGAGGCUAUAUAUACAGGGGGGUACCGUUGCAGAGUCAAUGUGCGGGGGCACCGGCUAGUUGAGGUAGUUGAGGUAAUAUGUACAUGUGGGUAGAGUUAAAGUGACUAUGCAUAAAUACUUAACAGAGUAGCAGCAGCGUAAAAAGGAUGGGGUGGGGGGGCAGUGCAAAUAGUUCGGGUAGCCAUGAUUAGCUGUUCAGGAGUCUUAUGGCUUGGGGGUAGAAGCUGUUGAGAAGUCUUUUGGACAUAGACUUGGCACUCCGGUACCGCUUGCCGUGCGGUAGCAGAGAGAACAGUCUAUGACUAGGGUGGCUGGAGUCUUUGACAAUUUUGAGGGCCUUGAGGGCCUAAUAGAAAACCUUGUCCUCACUUUUCCAGUGGCAUGGUCCUCACAUUGAUAGUAAAAUGUGUAUGUGUGAGCAAAGUAUAACCAUAUGAAUACAGACAAAAAGAGAAUGAAGUGUAUUUUCUAAAGACACUCGUACACACACACACACACACACACAUUUAUAUAUGUAAACAUAUUUAUCGAUGCGCAUUCUAAUUAUAUAUCUUUUUUGUAGGUUUAUUCAGUUCUUCCUGCGUCUGGGCUGUGGUAAGGCCUCCCCAGACCCCCGCUCCCAGCCUGUCCUGCUCCAGUUCUCUGUAGACGGUGGUCUGACCUGGGGCCUGCUGCAGGACUUCCUCUUCUCCAACAGGUUAGCAUAACUCCCACGGUACAUCACCGUACUGUAAAUGUUGUGUUGUGAUGUACUGACAUACUGUAUGAUGCAAAAAUAAUUUACUAACGGAUACAAUAAAUUAUUACCUUCAUCAUAAUUAUCAUCAACUUCCUCUUCACCAACAGCAGUAACCAGGCUCGACUGGUGGCCCUGGAGAUCCCUCUGCGUGCCCGGACCUCCUCCACACGCCUCCGGUGGUGGCAGCCCUCUGAGAACGGACACUUCUAUAGUCCAUGGGUCAUUGACCAGGUGAGACACCUUACCUACAUCUAUCUAUUUGUAUGUUCAUCCAUCAAUUCAUCCAUCCUUCCAUCUGUCCAUUCAUCCAUCUUUAUCAAUAUACAGUAUCACGCACAUGACAUGAACCUAUGUCUCUCUACUCUGCCAGGUGGUGGUGGGUGGUAGUGCCAGUGGCUGGGGUCCUUUAGAAGACGACUUCUCCUCUAUGGACGGUCGUUCCUGGCUGCUCCACCCCGGGGGUACCCGCAUGCCCGUAUGUGGUUCUGACGGGGCGGCCUUCGCUUUCAUAGAGAAGUCCAACACGCGCUACGCUGUCACCACAGACAUCAGCCUGGGACAGGAUGCUUUCAUACAGUUUGACUUCUCAGCUUCGUGCUCUGUCACCAACUCCUGCUACGGUGAGCCACUAGGCUCAGAAAUAUAUAUUUUUGACAGGUUGUCAAUGUAAAUAAUGUUACAUUUAUUUUGGCAAAGUAGUCAGAGAAUAGUUUUAUAAGAUCAUUUGGUAAAUACAGUUGAAGUCGGAAGUUUACAUACACCUUAGCCAAAUACAUUUAAACUCAGUUUUUCACAAUUCCUGACAUUUAAUCCUAGUAAAAAUUCCCUGUUUUAGCUCGGUUAGGAUCACCACUUUAUUUUAAGAACGUGAAAUGUCAGAAUAAUAGUAGAGAUAAUUAUUUAUUUCAGCUUUUAUUUAUUUCAUCACAUUCCCAGUGGGUCAGAAGUAUACAUACACUCAAUUAGUAUUUAGUAGCAUUGCCUAUAAAUUGUUUAACUUAAGUCAAACGUUUCGGGUAGCCUUCCACAAGCUUCCCACAAUAAGUUGGGUGAAUUUUGGCCCAUUCCUCCUGACAGAGCCGGUGUAACUGAGUCAGGUUUGUAGGCCUCCUUGCUCACAAACGCCUUUUCUGUUCUGCCCACAAACGUUCUAUAGGAUUGAGGUCAGGGCUUUGUGAUGGCCACUCCAAUACCUUGACUUUGUUGUCCUUAAGCCAUUUUGCCACAACAAGUAUGCUUGGGGUCAUUGUCCAUUUGGAAGACCCAUUUGCGACCAAGUUUAACUUCCUGACUGAUGUCUUGAGAUGUUGCUUGAAUAUAUCCACAUAAUUUUCCUUCCUCAUGAUGCCAUCUAUUUUGUGAAGUGCACCAGUCCCUCUUGCAGCAAAGCACCCCCACAGCAUGAUGCUGCCACCCCCGUGCCUCACGGUUGGGAUGGUGUUCUUCGGCUUGUAAGUGACCCCCUUUUUCCUCCAAACAUAACGAUGGUAAUUAUGGCCAAACAGUUCUAUUUUUGUUUCAUCAGACCAGAGGACAUUUCUCCAAAAAGGACGAUCUUUGUCCCCAUGUGCAGUUGCAAAUCGUAGUCUGGCUUUUUUAUGGUGGUUUUGGAGCAGUGGCUUCUUCCUUGCUGAACAGCCUUUCAGGUUAUGUCGAUAUAGGACUCAUUUUACUGUGAAUAUCGAUAGUUUUGUACCUGUUUCCUCCAGCAUCUUCACAAGGUCUUUUGCUGUUGUUCUGGGAUUGAUUUGCACCAAAGUACGUUCAUCUCUAGGAGACAGAACGCGUCUCCUUCCUGAGCGGUAUGACGGCUGCGUUGUCCCAUGGUGUUUAUACUUGCGUACUAUUGUUUGUACAGAUGAACGUGGUACCUUCAGGCGUUUGGAAAUUUCUCCCAAGGAUGAACCAGACCUGUGGAGGUCUACAAUUCUUUUUCUGAGGUCUUGGCUGAUUUCUUUUGAUUUUCCCAUGAUGUCAAGCAAAGAGGCACUGAGUUUGAAGGUAGGCCUUGAAAUACAUCCACAGUUACACAUCCAAUUGACUCAAAUGAUGUCAAUUAGCCUAUCAGAAGCUUUUAAAGCCAUGACAUCAUUUUCUGGAAUUUUCCAAGCUGUUUAAAGGCACAGUCAACUUAGUGUAUGUAAACUUCUGACCCACUGGAAUUGUGAUACAGUUAAUUAUAAGUGAAAUAAUCUGUCUCUAUAAACAAUUGUUGGAAAAAUUACUUGUGUCAUGCACAAAGUAGAUGUCCUAACCGACUUGCCAAAACUUUAGUUUGUUAACAUGACAUUUGUGGAGUGGUUGAAAAACGAGUUAUAAUGACUCCAACCUAAGUGUAUGUAAACUUCCGACUUCAACUGCAUGUGAGUAAUCAGGAUUGCUAUUGAUUGCUGUUUUCACUGUUAUUAAUAUGUUCCCUGGCUAUGCUGUCUAGGUUAGUAUGAAUGUACACUAUAUGACCAAAAGUUUGUGGACACCUGCUCGUCAAACAUCUCAUUCCAAAACCAUGGGCAUUAAUAUGGAGUUGGUCCCCCCUUUGCUGCUAUAACAGCCUCUAUUCUUCUGGGAAGGCUUUCCACUAGAUGUUGAAACAUUGCUGCAGGGAUUUGCUUCCAUUCAGCCACAAGAUCAUUAGUGAGGUCGGCACUGAUGUUGGGCGACUAGGCCUGGCUCGCAGUCACCAUUCCAAUUCAUCCCAAAGGUGUUCGAUGGGGUGGAGGUCAGGGCUCUGUCCAGGCCAGUCAAGUUUUUCCACACCGAUCUCGACAAACCAUUUCUAUAGGGACCUAGUUUUGGGCACUGGGCCAUUGCCAUGCUGAAACAGGAAAGGGCCUUCCCCAAACUGUUGCCACAAAGUUGGAAGCACAGAAUCGUCUAGAAUGUCGUUGUACGUUGUAGCGUUAAGAUUUCCCUUUCCUGGAACUAAGGGGCCUAGCCCAAACCAUGAAAAACAGCCCCAGACCAUUAUUCCUCCUCCACCAAACAUUAUAGUUGGCACUAUGCAUUCGCGCAGGUAGCGUUCUCCUGCAAUCCGCCAAACCCAGAUUCAUCAGUCGGACUGCCAGAUUGUGAAGCGUGAUCACUCCAAAGAACUUGUUUCCACUGCUCCAGUGUCCAAUGGCGGCGACGUUGCUUCCAGAGGCAGUUUGGAACUCGGUAGUGAGUGUUGCAACCGAGGACAGACAAUUUUUAAGCACUAUGCGCUUCAGCACUCGUCGGUCCGGUUCUGUGAGUUUGUGUAGCCUACCACUUCGCGGCUGAGCAGUUGUUGCUCCUAGACGUUUCCACUUCACAAUAACAGCACUUACAGUUGACCAGGGUAGCUCUAGCAGGGCAGAAAUGUUACAAACUGACUUGUUGGAAAGGUGGGAUCCUAUGACGGUGCCAUGUUGAAAGUCACUGAGCUCUUCAGUAAGGCCCUUCUACUGCCAAUGUUUGUCUAUGGAGAUUGCAUGGCUGUGUGCUAGAUUUUAUACACCGGUCAGCAACGGGUGUGGCUGAAAUAGCCAUGUGUCAACAUACUUUUGUAUACACUGCAUUCGGAAAGUAUUCAGACCUUAUUCUAAAAUGGAUUACAUUCUUUUUUCCCCUCAUCAAUCUACACACAAUACCCCAUAAUGACGAAGCGAAAACAGGUUUUUAGAAAUGUUUCAAAUGUAUAAAAAUAAACGUAUUUACAUAAGUAUUCAGACCCUUUGCUAUGAGACUCGAAAUUGAGCACAGGUGCAUCCUGUUUCCAUUGAUCAUCCUUAACAUGUUUCUACAACUUGAUUGAAGUCCACCUGUGGUUAAUUCAAUUGAUUGGACAUGAUUUGGAAAGGAUGGAUGGGGAGCGUCGCUUCACAGCUAUUUUCAGGGUUCUCCAGAGAUGUUCGACAGGGUUCAAGACUGGGCUCUGGCUGGGCCACUCAAGGACACUUUCCAAAUGUGAUUUAAUUUGAUUUAUGCAUCUUUCUUUUCCCUUGUCCAUCACAGCCAUUGAGCUAGAGUAUUCUCUGGACCUGGGUCUGCACUGGCAGCCUCUGGUGCGUGACUGUCUCCCAACCAGUCCAGAUUGCACCUCCUACACCCUACAAAGACUGCUGGUGGCAGACACAUACAACAAGUGGGGCCGAGUCACUCUGCCCAUUCCCACCUACGCCAGGUCAGUUACAUGUUGUUUGACUGCCAAACCAAACCGAGGUUGUUAUUCUUCAAAAUCGCUGUAUAAACAUUUAAACAUUUUAACAGCUUUAAAUGUUGGCACAAGUUGUAUUAUGUCAUUAAAAUGCCCUGCUACACACACACUGACACACAUACAGUCAUAUACAACAUUGCUGGUACACAAUAAAACAUGUUUACUGGAAUGCAUGCAAACACUCACACUGUCUCUCGUGUAUCUGCAGGUCUCCAGCCACGCGGUUCCGUUGGUUCCAGCAGGCUCCAUUUGACAAGCAGCAGACCUGGGCUCUGGACAACCUCUACAUCGGAGACGGCUGCUCCGACAUGUGCUCCGGACACGGACGCUGCCAGCAGAGCUCCUGUGUGUGAGUGACUGACAUUUCAAUAACACCUGAAAUACCAUUCUGGGAUUUGACUCUUUCAGAAUGCCAUUCUAGAAUAGUUACAGACAAGCAUGUCAAGUUCCAUAGCAAUGUUGAAGGUGAAGCCCCUUCAUCCGUAACAACAAUGUCACACACAGCAACCUGAGAAACCAUUCAAUAACCUCCUUACCCCUUUCUCUCCCCUCUCCUCUCCCAUGUAGGUGUGACCCAGAGUGGGGAGGCGAGUACUGUGAUGAUCCUUUGGCCCCUUUGCCAUCCCAGCUGAAGGACAGUUUCAGCCGGGCCCCCUCUCUCAGCCACUGGCACCUGGUGACCGGGGGAAAGCUCAGCACUGUGUGUGGGGCCGUGGCAUCUGGGGCUGCACUGCACUUCAGCGGGGUCAGUGCCUAUCAAUCUAUUGAUUCAUUGAUCUAUAUCCGGGUUUGAAUUUAUUACAAUUCAAUUUGGGAAGUGAGCUGACACUACAAUUUAAUAACAGAAAAUUCCUCAUUGAAAAUAAACUGCUAUUUUGGCUUGAAUUUGAUUUUCACUUUAUCACCUGAAUUGAAAUGACUUACAUUUUAAUUUUAAUACAUAAAUUAAAUUGAGCCCAAACCUGGUGUGUCGCUCUCUUCAUCAAUCUGUCUUUCUUAUUAACCUCCAUGUUUUCUCUUGUAUCUGUCUUUCUCUCCAACAGAGUUGUAGUCGUCAGCUGGUCACGGUGGAUCUGAACCUGACAAAUGCAGAGUUCAUCCAGUUCUAUUUUAUGUACGGCUGCAUGAUCCCGCCUAGCAACCGUAACCAGUGCGUACUACUGGAGUUCAGUCUGAAUGGUGGAAUCAACUGGAUCCUGUUGACAGAGAUCUUUUACGACCUGUACAGCAAGCCUGGGUGGGUCUUUUUAUAAAAAAUAGAUACCCUGCACACUUUGUUGAUUACUCCCAGUGCUCCCAAAAGUUUAUGUUCUUACCCAGAGGUCUUCGUCAGGCUUAACACACAUGAAAAAAGUAGGAGUAUUUAUAGACUUACAAGUAAUGAAGUAUAGUAAAAUAGGAUAUACAAUAACUGGGAAUUGGCUUUCACCUGUCCACUUCUUUCACAUCAGAUGUUCCCAAUCCUAACCUGUGUGUCGUGUGUAGAUUUGUCAACGUACUGCUGCCCCCUGCGGCCCGUCAGGAGGGUGUGCGUGUGCGCUGGUGGCAACCGACCCACGAGGGGGCCGACCACAGUGACUGGGCACUGGAUAACGUCCUAAUCGCCGGCUCUGACCUGCGGGCACAGAUCUCUGACACCUUCGGAGGGGUGGCGCUGCCCAACCACGAGAGAGCGCCCGCUGAUGGUACCCCCACGGGCAGGAUAGGCCUGUUGAAUGAGGGAGAGGAGGAGAGCACCUCAGGUAUAUACACAGGGGAUCUGGACGAGACCACAACAUACACCGCCACAGGUACAUACACAACUACAGGUACAUACACCUACAGAUACAUACACAACUACAGAUACAUACACAACUACAGAUACAUACACAACUACAGGUACACACACAACUACAGGUACACACACAACUACAGGUACACACACAACUACAGGUACACACACAACUACAGGUACAUACACAACUACAGAUACAUACACAACUACAGGUACAUACUCAUGUGGGGGAGGGUCUUUCAGUCACACAGGCCCCAAUUCUGACUUGACUUCCCAUGCAUGAUUGUUGAGUGGAGUUUGCGCAUCUCAUAUUAGGUUUCAUGCUAAUAAGCAAUGCCCGCAUCAAAUACAACUGCUUUAGGAAGGAAAAUGUUUUGAAUCUGUAACCUUAUAAGGUCAACUGAAUAAGGUAUUUGAAAAAAUUUAUUUUGUUUGCUGUGAUAGACGCUUCCUUUCUCUCUCUCACCCGCUUCCUUUCUCUUUCCCUUUCUCUGACCCCCCUCCCCCGCUUCCCUCUCUCUCAGUGAGUGACCACUGGCUGUUCAGUGAGGACUGUGCGGUUCAGAGGUUCUGUAGCUCUCCAGACGGAGUCAUGGUGUGUGGUAAUGAUGACGGCAGAGAGGUGUAUGCAGUCACACAUGACAUCGUCCCAGACAAAGGCUGGGUCAUGCAGUUCAAGGUAACAACAAUUGUGUACAAAACAGUGGAAAUGGUUGAGUGUGUGGCCCUGUCCAGAAACAAUCCCUGUUCCUACCCCCUAGACUUGGGGUGUUCAAUUCCAGUCCUGGAGGGCCGAAACACUGCUGGUUUUUGUUUCUACCUGGUUGUUAAUUGCACUCACCUGGUAUCCCAUGUCUGAAUCAGUCCCUGAUUAGGAGAGGAUGAAAGCCAGAAGUGUUUUGGCCCUCCACGACUGACAUUGAACACACCUGCUGCCCACUUCUGAGAUUAACCGCUAGGAGUGUGUGUCUGUCUGUGUGUGUGUGUGUGUGUGUGUGUGUGUGUCUGUGUGUGUGUCUGUGUGUGUGUGUGUGUGUGUGUGUGUGUGUGUGUGUGUGUGUGUGUGUGUGUGUUUAACUAUCUUUGUGGGUACCAGAAGUCCUCACAAGGAUAGUAAACAAGGAACAUUCGGACAAGUGGGGACAUUUUGCCGGUCCCCACGAGGGAAAAUGCUAUUUUAGGUUUAGGGGUUAGGUUUAGGGUUAAGGUUACAAUUAGGGUUAGAAUUAAGGUUAGGGAUUACGGGUUAUGGUUAUGUUUAGGGUUAGGAGUUAGGGUUAGGUAUAGUUUUAGGGUUAGGGGUUUGGGAUUAAGGUUAGGUUUAAGGUUAUGGUUAGGUUAGGUUAAGGGUUAGGGUUAGAGAUAGAUUUAGGGUUAGGGGUUAGGGAAAAUAGGAUUUUGAAUGGGAAUCAGUAAUUUGGUCCCCACAAGGAUAGCAAUACAAAACUGUGUGUGUGUUUUGGUGUGUUCGUGUAUAGUGUGAUCAAAAGUACAGUGUAUGUGCAAGUAACGUUUCUGUCCAUGUGUCUCUACAGAUCGCUGUGGGAUGCAGUGUGCCAGAGCGCCAUGCAGAGCGGCAGGUCCAUGUCCAGUACUCUGUGGACUUCGGUGUGUCCUGGAGGUACCUGGUGCCCCAGUGUCUCCCUGCUGACCCCCGCUGUGGAGGACAGAUCUCCCAGCCCAGUGUCUUCUUCCCUGCCCAGGGUUGGAAGAGGGCCGUCUACCCCCUACCGGACAGCCUGGCAGACUCGUGAGUGACACGCCUGAUACAUACAGUACACACAUGAGCGUCCGUAAGCAAGCAUGCGCACACAAACCCACAUAUACUCAACCUGGCUGGCACACUCUCUCCUGGCUACCUCCAGUGCUUUCACUAGGUUUCAGACAUUCAGACUGUCUCAAGUUACAAUUGAAAGGAGGCUUCCCUAAAAACAGCCUAGGGAAGAUAAUUUAAAAGUCUUGCCUAUCUUAAUCUUUAUGACCAUCCUGUGUGUAUUGUGUGUAGGGUGGUGCAUUUUUUUGGUUCAGCACUCUGAUAUCUAGUGGGCUGUGGAGAACUUCUACAUCGGUUCUAAACCUACAUUAUGUGUUAUGUUCUGCAGGGCGGUGCGUUUCCGGUUCUACCAGCAGCACAGUGAUACCCAGUGGGCUGUGGAGAACUUCUACAUUGGGCCAGCGUGUGACAGCCACUGUGGGGGACAUGGAGACUGUCUGAACCAGCGAUGUCUCUGUGACCCAGGCUUCACUGGACCGAGCUGCUAUGCCAGCACUGCACUCAAGGUAUCAAUCAGUUAAUCAAUCUUCAUUUAUAUAGUACAUUUCAUACAAUGUCAUACAAAGCAUCCCUAUCCGGCUUGAAUGACCAUUUGUUUUGUACACAUGGCAAAAACAAUGCAAUACAAAAUGCAAUUACAUUGCUCUCCACCUAGGGAUUCUGCACCAUGGCGGAUUAUGUGGCUCUGAACGUUUAUGUGUGUCAGGGGGUGUUGGGAAAAGGGCAGAAGCCAAAUGUACAUUCCAAGGACAAUAAAAUAUCUAUUCUAUUUCCCCAGACAUCUCUGAAGGAGCGUUUUGACUGGGAGGGGGCCCCAGGCCCUCAGUGGCAGGUGUUGGAGGGGGGGCAUCCCUGUACUGACUGUGGGGUUCUGGUGGAGGGGACCGCUUUGUACUUUGGAGGAGCAGACGCCAGGCAGGCCGUCACCGCUGACCUCGACCUCAGAGGAGCCAAGUUAGUAUCUCUACUGAUCAAAAGUCUGUCAUUUAGAGAGGAUUUUGUUAUAACAUUCCCUUUCAGUUCCAACUACUACUUUUACAUUAUUAGUCAUUUAGCAGACGCUCUUAUCCAGAGCGACUUACAGUUAGUGAGUGCAUACAUUUUCAUACUGGCCCCCCGUGGGAAUCGAAAUCACAACCCUGGCGUUGCAAACGCCAUGCUCUACCAACUGAGCUACACGGGACUAAGAGAUAUAAGAGAUAUGCAGUUGAAGUCGGAAGUUUACAUACACCUUAGCAAAUACCUUUAAACUCAGUUUUUCACAAUUCCUGACAUUUAAUCCUAUUAAAAAUUCCCUGUCUUAGCUCAGUUAGGAUCACCACUUUAUUUUAAGAAUGUGAAAUGUCAGAAUAAUAGUAGAGAGAAUGAUUUAUUUCAGCUUUUAUUUCUUUCAUCACAUUUCCAGUGGGUCAGAAGUUUACAUACACUCAAUUAGUAUUUGGUAGCAUUGCCUAUAAAUUGUUUAACUUGGGUCAAACGUUUCGGAUUGCCUUCCACAAGCUUCCCACAAUAAGUUGGGUGAAUUUUGGCCCAUUCCUCAUGACAGAGCUGGUGUAUCUGAGUCAGGUUUGUAGGCCUCCUUGCUCGCACACGCUUUUUCAGUUCUGCCCACAAAUGUUCUAUAGGAUUGAGGUCAGUGCUUUGUGAUGGCCACUCCAAUACCUUGACUUUGUUGUCCUUAAGCCAUUUUGCCACAACUUUGAAAGUAUGCUUGGGGUCAAUGUCCAUUUGGAAGACCCAUUUGCGACCAAGCUUUAACUUCCUGACUGAUGUCUUGAGAUGUUGCUUCAAUAUAUCCACAUAAUUUUCCUUCCUCAUGAUGCUAUCUAUUUUGUGAAGUGCACCAGUCCCUUCUGCAGCAAAGCACCACCACAGCAUGAUGCUGCCACCCCCGUGCUUCACGAUUGGGAUGGUGUUCUUCGGCUUGCAAGCAACCCCCUUUUUCCUCCAAACAAUGGUCAUUAUGGCCAAACAGUUCUAUUUUUGUUUCAUCAGACCAGAGGACAUUUCUCUAAAAAGUACAGUCUUUGUCCCCAUGUGCAGUUGCCAACCGUAGUCUGGCUUUUUAUGGUGGUUUUGGAGCAGUGGCUUCUUCCUUGCUGAGCGGCCUUUCAGGUUAUGUCGAUAUAGGACUACACAUUUUUUUCUGAGGUCUUGGCUGAUUUCUUUUGAUUCUCCCAUGAUUUGAAGCAAAGAGGCACUGAGUUUGAAGGUAGGCCUUGAAAUACAUCCACAGGUACACCGCCAAUUGACUGAAAUGAUGUCAAUUAGCCUAUCAGAAGCUUCUAAACCAUGACAUCAUUUUCUCAAAUUUUCCAAGCUGUUUAAAGGCACAGUCAACUUAGUGUAUGUAAACUUCUGACCCACUGGAAUUGUGAUACAUUGAAUUAUAAGUGAAAUAAUCUUUCUGUAAACAAUUGUUUGAAAAAUUACUUGUGUCAUGCACAAAGUAGAUGUCCUAACCGACUUGCCAAAACUAUAGUUUGUUAACAAGAAAUUUGUGGAGUGUUUGAAAAACAAGUUUAAUGACUUCCGACUUCAACUGUAGUUUUUCCCAGAUGUUCGCUGAGAUCACUAUCGCUGUAAAUGCUUCAGAUGUCGUCUCAAGCUGAAAUCCCCUGUAAAAGUAAAUUGCUGUGCACAGGUCAUUUAUCUGUGUUUGAGUCCCAGCCUAAGUAUUCCACUGUUAAUGGCUGUAUGAACUGUGUUUUAUGAUCAGGUUUGUAGAGUACUGGGCCAGGAUAGGGAGUGAAGACAACAUGACCAUGUGCCAUCGCCCUACCUGUCGCAAAGAGGGAGUGCUGCUGGACUACUCCAAAGACGGAGGUAAACUGUCAUAAACUGUACUAAACAGUAGUAAACUGAUGGAAAGUUUAGUUUGUAGUAGAUAGUAGAUAUAAUAUUUACACUGAUGGAAAAUAGAGGAUUGUUUUUCUCCAGAUAUUUCAUUCAUGCCCAACAUCUCCUAUCUCGCUCUCUCUAUCUAGAUCUAGAGAUCAUAGAUCGUCUGCCCCUUCUCUCAGAGUCGGCAUGAGUCGCGGUCUUCAUCUCUCUUCUAGCUAGCUAGUCCUCUCCUCUCUCUCGCUCUCUCUCUUCUCUCUCUCUCUCUCUCUCUCUCUCCUCUCUCUCUCUCUCUCUCUCUCUCUCUCUCUGCCUUCCCCCAGGUGUGUCCUGGACCCUGCUUCAUGAGAUGGACUAUCUGAAGUACGUGUCCGUAAGGCGUGAUUACAUCGUUCUACCAGAGGGGGCGCUAUCUAACGCCACGCGGCUGCGGUGGUGGCAGCCCUUCUCUGUCUCCUCCAAUCUGGCGUCACCUGGGCUGGAGCGUGCUCAGUGGGCUGUAGACAACAUCCUGGUGGGAGGGUCUGACAUCAACCCCUCCACCCUGCUCGACACCUUUGAUGACGGUAAACACAACAUAACAUAACAUAAUAUAGGAUAAAAUAACAUCAACCCCUCCACCCUGCUGGACAUCUUUGAUGAUGGUAGAUCGUUUGUGCUGAAACACCUCUAGCAUGGAAUGGGAGGUGAAAGUGUAAAGAUGAAUCUGGCCUCUGUUUUGUCAUGUUGUUGAUUGUGAAGGUGUCUUAAGCUUGCCAUUUUAGUCCCCUUAUCGCUUUUGAAUAAAAUUCUGAAAUCUUCUGGAUCUCUCUCUCUCUCUCUCUCUCAGAGGGUGUGUCCCAUGAGGAGAGCUGGAGCUUCUAUCCCAACGCGGUGCGUACGGCUGGGUUUUGUGGCAACCCAUCCUUCCACCUCUAUUGGCCCAACAAGAACCAGGACAAAACACACAACAUCCUGGCCACCCGAGAGCUUAUAGUGCAGCCUGGAUACAUCCUACAGUUCAAGGUAUUGUUUAACCACUUAUAGACUGGCUAAAUUCUAUAGUUCAAGGUGAUACCUUUUACUAUUUACAACAUGGCUACAUUUGACAGUUUAAGGUCAUUAACAUAAACGACAAAUAUAGAGGUCCAAGAAUCAAUCCCUGUGGAACACCACAACUUACUUGUGACUCUCUCUGUCUCGCUGUAUGUAGAUUGUUGUGGGCUGUGAGGCAGACAGCUGUGAAGACCAUCAUUCUGUCCUGCUGCAGUACAGGAAGGAUGCCAGGUAGGAGAGAUGUCUUUCUAUGUGCUAACUUACAGUGCCGGACAAAUAUAUUGGCAACCUUCCAUUUUCUUAAAUAAUUCCCUAUUUAUUUUCCAAUUUGUCCAAUGGUAUUUUUGUGUACUUAAGUUUACAAUUUUAAUUUAGAAAAUAAAGACAAAUGGCAUGGACAGAAUUAUUGGCACCCCGGAGCUAAUACUUUUUUGUGCAGCAUUUGGCCAUGAUAACUGCCAACAAAUGCUUAUUGUAGCCAUCAAUGAGCUUGCUGCACCUUUCUACUGGCAAUUUGGCCCACUUUUAAGCAGCAAACUGCUCUAAUUAUUUAAUGAUUAAGGGGUGUCCUCCACCAACUGCUGUUUUCAGCUCUUGCCAUAGAUUAUGGAUAGGAUUCAGAUCUGGACUCUUCACAUGUCACAAGUUUUUUCUUAAACCCUUCCAGGGUGCUUUGAUGUGUGUUUGGGGUUGUUGUUCUGCUGGUAGACCCACAACGUUCAACAGAGCUAGAGUUUUUCAAAUCAAAUAAAACAAUCAAAUAAAAUUAAAAUUAGUAUUCAGACCCCUUGAUUUUUUCCAAAUUUUGUUACGUUACAGCCUUAUUCUAAAAUUGAUUAAAUAAAUAAAAAUCCUCAUCAAUCUACACACAAUACCCCAUAAAGGCAAAGUGAAAACAGGUUUUUAGAAUUUUUUUGCAAAUGUAUUAAAAAUAAAAAACUGAUACCUUAUUUACAUAAGUAUUCAGACCCUUUGCUAUGAGACUCAAAAUUGAGCUCAGGUCCAUCCUGUUUCCAUUGUUCAUCCUUGAGACAUUUCUACAACUUGAUUGGAGUCCACCUGUGGUAAAUUCAAUUGAUUGGGCAUGUGUUGGAGAGGCACACACCUGUCUAUAUAAGGUCCCACAGUUGACAGUGCAUGUCAGAGCAAAAACCAAGCCAUGAGGUCGAAGGAAUUGUCCGUAGAGCUCCGAGACAGGAUUGUGUCGAUACACAGAUCUGGGGAAGGGUACCAAAAAAUGUCUGCAGCAUUGAAGGUACCCAAGAACACAGUGGCCUCCAUUCUUAAAUGAAGAUUGGAACCACCAAGAAUCUUCCUAGAGCUGGCCACCCGGCCAAACUGAGCAAUCGGGGGAGAAGGGCCUUGGUCAGGGAGGUGACCAAGAAUCCAAUGGUCACUCUGACAGAGCUCGAGAGGUCCUCUGUUGAGAUGGGAGAACCUUCCAGAAGGACAACCAUCUCUGCAGCAUUCCACCAAUCAGGCCUUUAUGGUAGAGUGGCCAGACGGAAGCCACUCUUCCGUAAAAGGCACAAGACAGUUUGCCAAAAGGCACCUAAAGGACUCUCAGACCAUGAAAAACAACAUUCUCUGGUCUGUUGAAACCAAGAUUGAACUCUUUGGCCUGAAUGCCAUGCAUCACGUCUGGAGGAAACCUGGAGUCAUCCCUACGGUGAAGCUUAGUGGUGGCAGCAUCAUGCUGUGGGGAUGUUUUUCAGCGGCAGGGACUGGGAGACUAGACAAGAUCGAGGGAAAGAUAAAUAGAGCAAAGUACAGAAAGAACCUUGAUGAAAACCUGCUCCAGAGCGCUCAGGACCUCAGACUGGGGCAAAGGUUCACCUUCCAACAGGACAACGACCCUAAGCACACAGCCAAGACAACGCAGGAGUGGCUUCGGGACAAGUCUCUGAAUGUCCUUUAGUGGCCCGGCCAGAGCCCGGACUUGAACCUGAUUGAAUAUCUCUGAAGAGACCUGAAAAUAGCUGUGCAGCGACACUCCCCUUCCAACCUUACAGAGCUUGAGAAGAUCUGCAGAGAAGAAUGGGAGAACCUCCGCAAAAAUAGGUGUGCCAUGCUUGUAGCGUCAAACCCAAGAAAACUUGAGGCUGUAAUCACUGCCAAAGGUGCUUCAACAAAGACUGAGUAAAGGGUCUGAAUACUUAUGUAAAUUUGAUAUUUCAGUAGUUUUUUUUAUAAAUUUGCAAAAAAAUCUAAAAACCUGUCAUUAUGGGGUAGUCAGUACAGUAGAUUGAUGAGGAGAAAAAAUAUUUUAAUUCAUUUUAGAAUAAAGCUGUAACGUAACAAAAUGUGGAAAAAGGGAAGGGGUCUAAAUACUAUCCGAAUGCACUGUACGUACAUGAAAGCAGGGUAAACUGAUUAGGCAUCAGCAAAGAUAAUAAUAAGUGUAAAAUAAAAAACAGAGUAGCAGCAGCAAAUGAUGAGUGAAAAAGUGUGUGAGAGAACUUCUCAAAAACUCACCUAAACAAGCCUAAAUCCUGGGGAAAAUGUUCUGUGGACCAAUUAAACAAAAUUAGAGUUAUUUGGCAUUACAAAUCAGCUAUGGGGGAGGUUUGAUAAUGCUGUGGGGUUGCUUUGCUGCCUUUGGUACUGGAGGCCUUGAACAUGCGCAAGGCAUCAUGAUAUCAGCAGAUGAUGAGGUUUUUUUGAGUCUAAUGAUCAACUCCGUGUCCAAAAACUGUCUCUCCACUAAACAUUGUGGAUCUUCCAGCAGGACAAUGACCCCAAACACACAUCUAAAAGCACCCAGGAAUGGUUCAUGAAAAGAUCCUGGACUGUUCUGGAGUGGUCAGCAAGAGUCCAGAUCUGAAUCACAUCCAUAAGCUAUGGCGAGAGCUGGAGACAGCCAUUGGUGGAGGGCACCCCUCCAACAUUGAAGGAUUAGAGCAAUUUACAAUACAAUCCUCUUUCUUAUUUCUCUCUCCACCUUCUCUUCUCUCCAGGUCUGACUCAUGGCAGCUGGUCCAGUCAGAGUGUCUUCCCUCCUCUGUGAACAAUGUCGGCUGCUCUCCCUUCAUGUUCCAUGAGUCCACCAUCUACAGUCCUGUCAACAGCUCUACCUGGACCAGAGUCACUGUCCAGCUGCCUGACCACGUCUCCUCAGGGUAGGACUGCUUUUGCAAAUUAGCGUUUUGCCACUCACUAAGCUAGCAAGGUAACAAACUAGCUAAUGAUGUUUGUUGUGGGUAACUAAAUGUGAGCAUUCCAUGCAGGAGCAGAACAGUUCUCUGAAAGGGUAGAGAAGCUUCUGAACCAGCAUUUUAUUUCUGUGUCUGAAGGGUGAUCAAAGCUGUUAUCGAAGAGCUUCUAUAAAGGGAAAUGUCUGUAAAGGGUAUCACACUCAGUUCCCCUCUUUCUUGUCACAGCUCUCUAACUCUUUUUCUCUCACACACACUCACCCUUCUCCUGCAGUGCCACGCAGUUCCGUUGGAUCCAGAAGGAGGGCGCUGGCGAGCGUCACGGUUGGGGGGUGGACCACAUGUACAUUGGGGAGGCGUGCCCAGGGCUGUGUAGUGGUCAUGGUUACUGUACUAGCGGAGUGGUCUGUAUCUGUGACGAGGGACACCAUGGUGGGUCUGACUGAGUACCACACUAACACUAACCAUAGGGGCCAGUACAAUGUUCCCUUUAAGUAAGACUGACAGCUAGCAUUAAUAUUGGUUAAACUUUAUUCUUUAUGCAUUCAAAUGUUAGGAGUGUUCAUACUGUCUUUCAUCUAAAAGGUAUCAGCGCCACACGGUUGGGGUCAAUUCCAUUUCAAUUCAGUCAAUUAUGGAAGUAAACUUAAAUUCCUCAUUUUCUUUUCAAUCAAAUAUAUUAUAAUUUCUAAUGGACCCCAACUCUGCAGCACCACAAUCUAAACUAACCACCCUUCCUUUCUCUCCUCCAUCUCCCAGGUGAUGACUGCUCUCUGUCCAGCAGUGACCUGCCCAGCUCCAUAAAGGAUAACUUUGAGUCAGGCAGCAUGUCAGAGGAGAGCUGGCAACUCAUCCAGGGUGGCGGGGUGGGAAGUGGGUGUGGCCAGCUCUCUCCCCACGCCCACGGUGACUCGCUCUACUUCAACGGCUGUAAGAUGAGGCAGGCUGUCACCAAGCCACUCGACCUGACACGAGCCAGGUAGGGCUGGACAAUGGAUUGUACUGUAUUAGCCUCGCCUCGCCAACUACUAAAGGGACAGUGAGAGAUGCUCAUGAUACAGUACAGUAGAAGAUUAUACAAUACAGUAGCUGUAAAAUGAGGCAGGCGGUCACCAAGCCUCUGGAUCUCACAUGAGACAGCUACUGAACAGCGGCAUCAUGCACCCUAAAAAUCUGAGGGGGCACAUAGUACGUGAGGAUGGCUGGGGGGUGGAGGAUUUUGUAUUUUUCAAACACCUGAAGCAGCUUUUUCCUGCAAUCUAGAGCCAUAAUCAUUAUGCUUCGUUCUAUGUGAAAAAUUUGUUUAUUUUUCUACAUAUCUAAGCAUACCUCUUGAACUGUCUGCAUCCUCCUGAUUAGUGGUUCUUUUUUUAAAGAAACCAAAUAUGCUUCUCUCCAUCUCUGCUAAAAUCUGGGUAAAAGAUUGAAAGGAAUGUGAGUCUUAUUCAGUACAUUUAGUUAUUGCUUGCUUUACUAAAGUCUACCAGCCUUGUCAGCAGGCAUUCCAGCUAAGAUAGUUAGACAAGCUUGCUACUCUAACUUGAUUGAUAGCCUGAAAUGUCUUCUUGGUAGCUAGUUAUGAGGUUGGGAGAUUGGGAACCUAUCUGGGCUAGCUAAAGCCAACUUCAUAAAAUUGCUGUGGCAAGUAGUAUUACAGAUUUUUUUUAAACGUACAGCACAAAUCUGAGGGGGCACAUGCCCCUGUGCCCCCAAUGGCAUGAAACCUAGCCUAUUCUAGCAUAGCCUACCAUAGCAUAGCCUAUUCUAGCUCAUCCUAGCUUAGCAUAGCCCAGCCUAGCUUAUCCUAGCCACGCCCACUACUGAGGCCACUAAGAAGUCAAUAUAGAGUAGGACUAAGAUGGAAAACUUGGAGCCUAAACUUGGUAGGACAAAAAUACCAAGGCAAUCUUACCAUCUCUUAUCUCUCUCUCCCCCCCCCCCCCCCCCCCCCCCCCCCCCCCCCCCACAGUAAGAUCAUGUUCGUCCUGCAGAUAGGUAGUGUGUCCCAGACAGACAGUUGUAACACUGCCCUGGACCAGCCUGACACAGUGGACAGGGCUGUGCUGCUACAAUACACUGUCAAUAAUGGAGUGAGCUGGCACGUGAUCGCCCAGCACCAGCCCAAAGACUUCAUCAAGGCCCAGAGAGUGUCCUACAACAUCCCACUGUGAGUGAACCUAUACACACAGAGAUGUUUUUCCUUCCAAUAAAGCUUGAUUUCAUUUAGAUGUAAAUUGUCUAAACACUCAUUAAUACCAACACACAGGCUCUUUCUCAGUUCAUCCUUCUGUGAUUCCUUAUGUCCUCGCCCCUCAACUUCUUCUUCAAAACACAUUGGAUGAGAACAUCCAAGGGUCCUUCCAUCAGACCUGCUCCUCCAAUGAUUGUUGAGGAGACGAGUACCCAGCUAACAAUUCUUAGGGGAGAGAACGUUUUUGUAAUGUUCCCCGGAGUGUCCAGAUUUCCGUUACUUACGGGAGGGAACAUUCUAUAUAUGUUAGCCAAAACCUCCUGAGAACCUAUUUCGCAUGUUUUGGCGUUAGGAGAAAAUUCCCUAAAUGUCAAACAGAACUUACUCAGAAACGUGGUUGCCAUGUUCUCAGAAUAUACAAUAUUAAUGUUCUAGACACGUUUCAUUGGAACGUUUCAAGAACAUUCCUGUGUCCAGUUUUCUGAGGGUUAGGACAAAAUUCCAUCUACGUCCCAUCAAACCUACACUAUAUAAAUGUUCUAGACACACGUUUCAUGGGAACGUUGCAGCAACAUUUCUGUGUAUCAGUUGUCAGGAAGUCACCUGAUGGUCCCAAAGAAAUGUUGUCAUUACACAUCACGCCUUGUUACUGUUGCCGAGCCCAUCAAGGCCCUGAUUGAUGAACCACUGAUCCAUUCACAGCUCUUUGUAUGUUGGCAAGGUUAGGAACAGUAAUUAUACAGUAAUUAUUAUACAGCAUGUCCUCACUUGGGAUUUGAACUCACAACCUCUUGGUUCACGACAGUACAAUCUUUCUACAAUGGCACAAUGUCUGUGUCAGUUGUCAGUUAUCAGUUAAUCAGACUAUUCUCUCAUCAUUGAUUUUAUUUACUAAUUUCAGCAAUUUUAGGGCUUUCUGUGUAAUGGUCUAAUGUUGGUGAGGCAUUUUACCCAGUUUUAAUGUUACUCCUGAAUCACUAUAAUCCAUACAAUUGUUUUCCUUGAGUGUAAUUUUAACAGACCUGAAAUGUACUUCAAAAUGCAUUUCAAGAAGACGAUGGAGAGAUGCUCAGCUAUAUAGAAUUAAUAAAUACUGAUAAUUUAUGAGAGGUAGUGGAAAUGUGGUCAUCAUUUCUGCUCAACGGGUAAUCCUACAGAUUCCCAUCUUUCAAUGAGCAACUGAUUUUAAUUAUACUGAAAAACAUGUAAAGUGUUGGUCCCAUGUUUCAUGAGCUGAAAUGAAAGAUCCCAGAAAUUAUCCAUAUGCUCAAAAAGCUUUUUUCUCUCCAAUUUUGUGAACAAAUUUGUUUACAUCCCUGUUAGUGAGCAUUUCUCCUUUGCCAAGAUAAUCCAUCCACCUGACAGUUGUGGCAUAUCAAGAAGCUGAUUAAACAGCAUGAUCAUUACACAGGUGCACCUUGUGCUGGGGACAAUAAGAGGCCACUCUAAAAUGUGCAGUUUUGUCACACAACACAAUGCCACUGAUGUCUCAAGUUUUGAGGGAAAGUGCAAUUGGAAUGCUGACUGCAGGAAUGUCCAUCAGAGCUGUUGCCAGAGAAUUUAUUGUUAAUUUCUCUACCAUAAACCGCCUACACCGUCGUUUUAGAUAAUUUGCCAGUACGUCCAACCAGCCUCACAACCGCAGACCACAUGUAACCAUGCCAGCCCAGGACCUCCACAUCUGGCUUCUUCACCUGCGGGGUAGUCUGAGACCAACCACCCGGACAGCUGAUGAAACUGAUGAGGAGUAUUUCUGUCUGUAGUAAAGCCCUUUUGUGGGGAAGAACUCAUUCUGAUUGGCUGGGCCUGGCUCCUAAGUGGAUGGGCCUAUUCCCUCCCAGGCCCACCCAUGGCUGCGCCCCUUCCCAUUCAUGUGAAAUUCAUAGUUGAGGGCCUAAUUAAUUUAUUUCAAUUGUCUGAUUUCCUUAUAUGAACUGUAACUCAGUAAAAUCAUUUAGAUUUUUGCAUGUGGCGUUUAUAUUUUUGUUCAGUAUUGAUCAGUUAGGGAUGUUGUAACUGUUGCCAAAUAAUAGCGUUAACAUAUAUUGCUAAGAAUGUGAGAGUAGGUGGGACUCCCCUAACGGGUCUCGAACCCAGGCCACCAGCACCAAUGACAAACACCCUAACCACUGUCCCAAUAAGGGAUAUCCCAAGGGCAUGUGCUUAUUGGACCAGUAUAGUUAGGCCCUGUCCAGAAAUUACUUCUUAGGUACUUGUGUAUAUCUGAAACAAAUGGAUUAAGUGUUAACAAUAGGGUCAAUGCACUUUGAUGUAUAGUGAGGGAAAAAAGUAUUUGAUCCCCUGCUGAUUUUGUACGUUUGCCCACUGACAAAGAAAUUAUCAGUCUAUAAUUUUAAUGGUAGAUUUAUUUGAACAGUUAGAGACAGAAUAACAACAACAAAAUCCAGAAAAACGCAUGUCAAAAAUGUUAUAAAUUAAUUUGCAUUUUAAUGAAGGAAAUAAGUAUUUGACCCCCUCUCAAUCAGAAAGAUUUCUGGCUCCCAGGUGUCUUUUAUACAGGUAACGAGCUGAGAUUAGGAGCACAAUCUUAAAGGGAGUGCUGCUAAUCUCAGUUUGUCCUCUAGCUCAACUGGCUCAACUGGUAGAGCACGGCGCUUGUAACGCCAAGGUAGUGGGUUCGAUCCCCGGGACCACCCAUACACAAAAAUGUAUGCACGCAUGACUGUAAGUCGCUUUGGAUAAAAGCGUCUGCUAAAUGGCAUAUUAUUAUAAUAUUAUUAUUACCUGUAUAAAAGACACCUGUCCACAGAAGCAAUCAAUCAAUCAGAUUCCAAACUCUCCACCAUGGCCAAGACCAAAGAGCUCUCCAAGGAUGUCAGGGACAAGAUUGUAGACCUACACAGGGCUGGAAUGGGCUACAAGACCAUCGCCAAGAAGCUUGGUGAGAAGGUGACAACAGUUGGUGCGAUUAUUCGCAAAUGGAAGAAACACAAAAGACUGUCAAUCUCCCUCGGCCUGGGGCUCCAUGCAAGAUCUCACCUCGUGGAGUUGCAAUGAUCAUGAGAAUGGUGAGGAAUCAGCCAAGAACUACACGGGAGGAUCUUGUCAAUGAUCUCAAGGCAGCUGGGACCAUAGUCACCAAGAAAACAAUUGGUAACACACUAUGCCGUGAAGGACUGAAAUCCUGCAGCGCCCGCAAGGUCCCCCUGCUCAAGAAAGCACAUAUACAGGGCCGUCUGAAGUUUGCCAAUGAACAUCUGAAUGAUUCAGAGGAGAACUGGGUGAAAGUGCUGUGGUCAGAUGACACCAAAAUGGAGCUCUUUGGCAUCAACUCAACUCGCCGUAUUUGGAGGAGGAGGAAUGCUGCCUAUGACCCCAAGAACACCAUCCCCACCGUCAAACAUGGAAGUGGAAACAUUAUGCUUUGGGGGUGUUUUUCUGCUAAGGGGACAGGACAACUUCACCGCAUCAAAGGGACGAUGGACAGGGCCAUGUACCGUAAAAUCUUGAGUGAGAACCUCCUUCCCUCAGCCAGGGCAUUGAAAAUGGGUCGUGGAUGGGUAUUCCAGCAUGACAAUGGCCCAAAACACAUGGCCAAGGCAGCAAAGGAGUGGCUCAAGAAGAGCACAUUAAGGUCCUGGAGUGGCCUAGCAAGUCUCCAGACCUUAAUCCCAUAGAACAUCUGUGGAGGGAGCUGAAGGUUCGAGUUGCCAAACGUCAGCAUCGAAACCUUAAUGACUUGGAGAAGAUCUGCAAAGAGAAGUGGAACAAAAUCCCUCCUGAGAAGUGUGCAAACCUGGUGGCCAACUACAAGAAACAUCUGACCUCUGUGAUUGCUUACAAGGGUUUUGCCACCAAGUACUAAGUCAUGUUUUGCAGAGGGGUCAAAUACUUAUUUCCCUCAUUAAAAUGCUAAUCAAUUUAUAACAUUUUUGACAUGCGUUUUUCUGUCUCUCACUGUUCAAAUAAACCUACCAUUAAAAUUAUAGACUGAUCAUGUCUUUGUCAGUGGGCAAACGUACAAAAUCAGCAGGGGAUCAAAUACUUUUUUCCCUCACUGUAAAUAUCAGCUCUGUUAAAAGCACAGUCAAGAAAAACAAUUUUAUUGACCAUAGUGAUUCAGGAGUAACAUUAGACGACUAUACAAAAAGCCUUAAAAUUGCUAAAAUAAUCAAUCAAAUCAAUAAAUAGUCAGAUUAACUGUUAACUGACACAGACAUGGUGGCGUAGCAGGAAUAUCAGAAUGCCAUGAACCAAGAGGUUGUGAGUGCAAAUCCCAAGGGAGGACAUGUUGAAUAAUAAUUACUGUAUAAAUGAACAUGCACAAUGUAAUCAUGUACGUUUAAAACACUAAGUUAAAAGCAUUGUUUGUGUGAGUGUCCCUAACCUUGCCCACAAAGAGCUGUGAAUGGAUCAGUAGUUCACCAAUUGGAUCCUUGAUGGGCCACAAUAACAAGGGGUGAUGUACAGUGCAUUCGGAAAGUAUUCAGACCCCUUGACUUUUUCAACAUUUUGUUACGUUACAACCUUAUUCUAAAAUUGAUUAAAUGAUUAUUUUUCCGUCAUCAAUCUACACACAAUACCCCAUAAUGACAAAGCAAAAACCAUUUUUUUCCCUUCUAAAUUGUAUCUUUUUAAAAUAAUGAAAUAUCACAUUUACAAAAGUAUUCAGACCCUUUACUCAGUACUUUGUUGAAGCACCUUUGGCAGCGAUUACAGCCUGGAGUCUUCUUGGGUAUUACGCUACAAGCUUGGCACACCUUUUUUGGGGGGAGUUUCUCCCAUUCUUCUCUGCAGAUCCUCUCAAGCUCUGUCAGGUUGGAUGGGGAGCGUCGCUGCACAGCUAUUUUCAGGUCUCUCCAGAGAUGUUAGAUCGGGUUCAAGUCCGGGCUCUGGCUGGGCCACUCAAUGACAUUCAGAGAAUUGUCCCACAGCCACUCCUGCGUUGUCUUGGCUGUGUGCUUAGGGCUGUUGUCCUGUUGGAAGGUGAACCUUCGCCCCAGUUUGAGGUCCUGAGCACUCUGGAGCAAGUUUUCAUCAAGGAUCUCGCUGUACUUUGCUUCGUUCAUCUUUUCAUCGAUCCUGACUAGUCUCCCAGUCCCUGCCACUGAAGAUUGAUGAGGAAAACGUUUAAUUCAAUCAAUUUUAGAAUAAGGCUGUAACGUAACAAAAUGUGAAAAAAGGGAUGGGGUCUGAAUACUUUCCGAAAUAAAAAAUAAUACAUUUCUUUGGCACCAUCAGGCGACAUCCUGACGACUGAUACACAACAAUGUUAUUGCAACAUUCCCAUGAAACGUGUCUAGAACAUUAAUAUCUUAUAUUCUGAGAACAUGGCAACCAUGUUCUGUGUAUAUUUGAUGGGACGUUGAUGGAAUAUUCUCUGAACCCACAGAAAACUGGACACAUGAAUGUUCAUGCAACGUUCCCAUGAAACAUGUCUAGAACAUUAAUAUCUUAUAUUCUGAUAAUAUGCCAACCAUGUUCUGUGUAUGUUUGGUGGGCCAUUGGUGGAAUAUUCUCCUAACCAUCUGAAAACCGGACACAUGAAUGUUCUUGCAACGUUCCGAUGAAACGUGUCUAGAACAUUCAUAUAUUUUGAGAAGAUGGCAACCAUGUUCUGUGUAUGUUUGGUGGGACGUUGAUGGAAAAUUCUUCUAACCCUUAGAAAACUGGACACAAACGUUCUUGCAAAGUUCCCAUUAAACGUGUCUAGAACAUUAAUAUUGACUUUUCUGAGAACAUGGUAACCACGUUCUGGGUAAUUUAUGUUUGACAUUAAGGGAAUGGUCUCUUGGAAACAGUCCUUGCACGUCACUGGAACAUUCCUAUGAAAAUGUUAGGUAUGACCUAAUAAGACUCUUAAGGGAACGUUCUCUAAAGUUGUGGGAACAUUUGUUUUUAGCUGGGUAGAGAGGACAUGGGUGAUCAAGGAAAGAUUAAUUGAGAACGACCCACACUGAUAGCCCACUCUUAAUCUCUGACCUCUAACUUCCACAGAGAGGCAAGGGUUAAAGGGGUGGAGCUGCGGUGGUGGCAGCCGCGUCACGACGGUGUGGGACAUGACCAGUGGGCGCUGGACCAUGUGGAAGUAGUUCUGUGAGUAUCUCCAACCAUCCUGGUACCCCCUGGUUCCUCAUUCCCCAAAUGGUCCCCCAGACUGUUUUCCAAACCGCCCCGUACUUAGGCUCAAUCUGCCCCUGCAGCUAACUGCCCCAAAAUGCCCCCUCUCUCUUCACACAAACUGACAGACACACCUGCUCCACAGCAAGUAAAAAGCUUACAGUCACACAUACAUGCACACCCACAGUGUGUGCUCAACAGCACGGAAAACUCAGCCACUUAUCCUGAAGCAGGUUUCAGAUGGAUGUUGUGACAAAGGUUAGUGGUUAGUGCAUCAAGCAUCACAUUGACUGUGGUCUCUUUGAACAGUGUGUGAGACCAUAUAAAGCAUACUAAACGCACACACAAUCUACAUCUAGCCUACAUACCAUUUAUAUGACAGAGGCAUAGAGCAUUUCAAAUGCAUUUUGCAUGUUACUGAGGGCUUCACAUUAUAACAUAAGAACAUGGACUCAGGGGUAGACAUAGCAAUGUACAUCCGAGACAUUCCAAUUAGUAUGAUAUGUUGUAUGAUAUGUUACGAAUUAUACACUGAGUGUACAAAACAUUAGGAACACUUUCCUAAUAUUGAGUUGCACCUCCUUUUGCCCUCAGAACAGCCUCAAUUUGUCUGGGCAUGGACUCUACAAGGUGUCGAAAGCUUUCCACAGGGAUGCUGGCUCAUGUUGACUCCAAUGCUUCUCACAGUUGUGUCAAGUUGGCUUGAUGUCCUUUAGGUGGUGGACCAUUCUUGAUACACACAGGAAACUGUUGAGCGUGAAAACCCCAGCAGCGUUGCAGUUCUCGACACACUCAAACCGGUGCACCUGGCACCUACUACCAUACCUCGUUCAAAGGCACUUAAAUCUUUUGUCUUGCCCAUUCACCCUCUGAAUGGCACACAUACACAAUCCAUGUCUCAAUUGUCUCAAGGCUUAAAAAUUCUUUUUUAACCUGUCUCCUCCCCUUCAUCUACACUGAUUGAAGGGGAUUUAACAGGUGACAUCAAUAAGGGAUCAUAGCUUUCACCUGGAUUCAACUGGUCAGUCUAUGUCAUGUUCCUAAUGUUUUGUACACUCAGUGUAAUUCAUGUGAUAUGUUACGAAUUGCAAUUCAAACAAAAGUUAUGAAUUACAAUAUGUUAAGAAUUUGCAAAAUGUAUGAAAUGUUAUGAAUUCCCAUUUGUUGUGGAUAACAUUAGCUAGGUGGUUAGGGUUAAGGUUAGUGUUAGGGUUAGGAGUUAGGGUAAAAGGUGAAGGUUAAGGUUAGAGGAAGGGUUAGCUAAGUAGUUGCAAAGUAACUAAAAAGUAGUAAGUAGUUGCUAAUUAGCUAAAAUUGUCCGUGAUGAGAUUCGAACACGCAACCUUUGGGUUGCUAGACUUUCGCGUUAUACGGCUACCCAUCCACUCCGUCCAACCACCCUACUUUUGUUUUUGCCAUAAGUAACCUUCUGUCUUAUGUAACCAUACCAAACGUAACAUAUCAUACUUAUUUGAGUGUCGGAUUUGCUUUUACUAUGUAACGUCUAGUCUAUGAGACCAGGCUGCAUAAGAUGUUAUUGAAUGUCAUUAAGUGGCCAAUGCAUUGCAAAUGUCCACCAACCAUAGUUAUUUUUAUGUUGUACACUAAGUUGGUCCUGUCAAUGCUGGUGUCAUCAAUUGGCAAACAACAGAUACCCAAUAUAGUACAAAUAUGCAGUAUUUAGGUUUACAGGAUUUCUGUCUUACGUCACAGCAAAGCACACACAUACAGUACACAAUACACACAGUCCUUACAUGAGCUGUCCCUGGUUUCGUGUGGCCUUGACCUGCCCUCCUCCACUCCUCCUCUCUCACUCCCAUGGUUGGUUUUCAACAUUCAACAACAGUGUCUGCUGAACAGAAUAACCGUACGCGAUCCUCACACUUCUCUCUUUUUAUUUCUGUCUCUGUUCCACCACCACCCCUCCUCUCCUCCUUUUCAAUUGUUUCUUUUGUCAUCCGUGCCUCUCCUCCCUGGCCUCACAAACACUAACAUGCGUGACCAUACUACUCCUUUUCCUCCUCCUCCUCGACCUCUUCCUCUUCCUAUGCUUCUUCCUCUGCCUGCGCUUAUGCUCUUCUGCUACCUCAUGUCUUAUCAUGGCUUCCAUCUCCUCCUUCCAAUAUCCCUUUCUUCCCUAUGACUCCCUCUCUUGUUCUCUCUGGUGUAUAAUGGACGGAUUGGUCGGCGCUUUCUCUUUCCCUCCUCCAUUUCCAUCUGUUAUUGUCUCUAUCGCUCUCUCUUUCUCUCUACGUCCUUGGUCUCUUUUGCUUCUCUCUCUCACUCCUUUCUCGUCUCUCUUGCUCUACCUCUCUCUGUAUCCUUUUCUGUAUCGCGAUCUCUCGCGUUCUGUCUCUGACUCUCUGCAUACUUCCUGCUCCCUCUUUCUUUCUCCACCUCCCCCUCCUCUCUGGCCCCCUUCGCCUCCCCAGGCGGCCGGGGUUCCUGCCCCCCCAGACCUUUCUGCGAGCCAGCAGCACCCCUCUCCACCUCCUCCUCCCCUCUCGCGCUCUAACCUCUGCUCUCUUCUGUAUUCUGCUCCCUGUGGCAUGGCUGUAGAGUCAGGUAAGUCUUCCGCCUCUCCCCUCCUGUGACACCCCCCUCACCCUUCAGCUACACCCCUGACCCCCUUUUCUGUCAUCACCUCCUUCACCUUAACCCCCCCCCACCCAACCGAGGCACAGGACACCCACUGUCAUAACCCAGGUGCAGGCUCAGCUACAACCCAGGUACAGACAGAGCUACAGUUCAGACAAUACAGACAAAUUUGAGGAAGCAGGUCUCUCAAAGUGUAAUAAAAUAUAGCUUUUCUGUAGAUCUCAAUUGGUCUGCUUAACAUAUACAGUACAUAAAUCUCAAUGGCAUCACUUUUAUAUGUAUUUGUGUGAUGUGAUGCAUAACUAUAUCAAUGUCUGUUGAGCUAUUGCAGCCAUUGUGUUUUAAGUCUGGCUUUUGUUUAAUGUGGUUACAUGUGUGCAGAUCCUAGACAUGUAGCACAUUCUGAGGAUGACACUGCCACAAACAAGUUACACAGUUCAGGCACUCUAAUAUGGGUACCACACUUACCUCUUCAUUCUAACCUGAAUAUCUAACAUCAUUACAUUAAUUAAACCCAACACACAAACAUGAGUAUGCACGCAUGACUGUAAGUCGCUUUGGAUAAAAGCGUCUGCUAAAUGGUAUAUUAUUAUUAUUAUUAUGAGUCACACUAGAACAUAGAGCAUAAUGGUAUAACUUCAGAUCAUCAGACAUAGCCUACACACCACUAAAGACCUAAAACUCAUCAGCCCCGAUCAUCAUCGUCAUCAGAGUAACCUCCUCCAUCCAAGUCCUUGCAUGGCUUUUUAAAUCCACCGUUGCAAAGCUCCCCCACCCUCCAUGGCUGCCGGUCCAUGGAACACAACAUCCUCUGAGUUUGGAGCUCCUGCCAUACUGUCCCUCGCUUUUGUUAAGGAGAAAAAAAGAGAAAAAACAGAAGCAACUCGCCCCCUUCCCCCUUUCUGACACCCUCCGACCUUCCACCACACCCCUCCACCACACACCUCCCGACUUUCCCCCAGCUUUGCAGAGGCCACUGGCUGCACUUCGGGCUCACUGGCGCCUCCUGCUGGACAGAAGAGGCAAUGACAGGCUAAGCAAGAAGCGCGAUCUUCAGUCACAGCUUCUUUUUGUGUCUAUUUAGCUUCUCUUUCAAUGUACCUCCUCCCUCCCUUCCCCCCCUCCCCUCCCCCCCUCCUCCUCCCUCACUCCCCUGCACCUUUAUUACUUUGGUUUGUUUUUCCAAGUGAUAUGAUGGCUGUUACUCAACAAACUCUGACCUCAAACACUCUCCUUCCUUUGAUCCUUAGAACCAUGGUCAGAGUUAGAAAACCCCAGAACCCCGACCACAUCUGUAGCUAACGUCUGUGACCGUGUCUAUAGCUCUCUAGCUAGUCUUGUGUCCUCUAGUUUUGUGUCGUUCAAUGUCUCGUACUGUUGAACUGUCUGCUUAUGAUACUGCCAUUGAGAACAUGUCAAUACAUACAAUAUUGUUCACCUAUAAGCUGAUGGCCAACAUACACAUUUCAAUACAUACACAUUUCAAUAUUCAAUAAGUAAUGCACAUCUUAAAGAAACAGUCCACCUUCUGCUUAAUCGAGUGUUUGAGGUUAUGGGUGAAACCCAACUGAAAAUGCCAGCAUAGAUCUAGGAGUGUGUGAGCUUGCAUAUGAGAGUGUAUGUGUGUGCAUGUAAGAGGGUGUCUGCAUGAGUGAGUGUGUAGAUACUUUAAAUACCUUUUCCUGGUCACUAAUGGUCUCCGUCCUCUCUUCCUCUCUUCUUCCCACUCUCUCUCUCUCCUCUCUCUCUCACUGUCUUUGUCUCCCUACAGCACUCGUAAACAAAACUACAUGAUGAAUUUUGCCAGACAGACCGGCCUACGCCACUACUACAGCCGGAAGAGGCGGGCACUGCCACAACAGCGUGCCUAACCUCUCAGAACAGGAUUCGUCCUAUGACCUGUCAAUCACACAUAUGACCUACCAACCAACCACAUUCCUUUCUCCUGAUGACAUAUCGCCCUGUCGAGUCCCACCCACCAGCCAAUGGAUUCCAGUCAGCCUUGGACCACACCCCCUCCUUCUCCAACCUUCCAAUCCCCACUCUGCUAGACAUCCCAUCAGUUUACGCUGCCAAUCAGAAGCCUUCCCCACCCCCAUGUGAUGGGAAGGAAGGAGACGUGAAGGAACAAAGGCGACCAUUUUGUUGACCUUCCAUGGACUUUUGGGUUUCUAGUUGUUUUCUAAUCAUUGCUGUACAUGGUUAUUAUGAUAUGAUGAUUCCCUGUUCCAGUUGCGAUACGAUGAUGAUGAUACUACCCCCUGGCUUUCCCCCUGUCACCCCAUCCUACCCACCUCCUAG